AUGAACCCUCCCUCUAUGAAGGUACCCUGGGCCGCCGUGACGCUGUUGCUGCUGCUGUUGCUGCCGCCCGCGCUGCUGUCGCCCGGGGCGGCCGCGCAGCCCCUGCCCGACUGCUGCCGCCAGAAGACGUGUUCCUGCCGCCUCUACGAGCUGCUGCACGGCGCGGGCAACCAUGCGGCGGGUAUCCUCACGCUGGGCAAGCGGCGGCCCGGGCCCCCCGGCCUCCAGGGCCGGCUGCAGCGCCUCCUGCAGGCCAGCGGCAAUCAUGCGGCCGGCAUCCUGACCAUGGGCCGCCGCGCAGGCGCAGAGCCAGCGCCGCGCCCGUGCCCGGGGCGCCGCUGUUCCGCAGCCGCUGCCGCCCCGUCUGCAGCGCCUGGAGGGCGGUCCGGGGUCUGAGCCCCUGAUCGUGCCCUGUCCUGGCCCUGCCCUUUCCUCGUUGCCCGCCGGGUGGCAGCCCCCAAAAAGGGCAAUAAAGACGAGUCUCUAAGUGUG